AUGCCAAAACCAGAAGGCAAUGUUCCUGAGGGCUGGACAGCACCAGGGGUAUUCAUCAAAGGUCCGGAUGCAAGCCUGCCCACAAGUCAACUGGUGUCAUUUGAAGACGUCGCUGUGGACUUCACCUGGCAAGAGUGGCAGCACCUGGAUGCUGUUCAGCGAAACCUCUACAGAGACGUGAUGCUGGAGAACUAUAGAAGCCUGAUGUUCUUGGGUGAGCUAAACUCCCAACUAAAAACUCAACAGAAAAUGAAUUGGACUGAGACUGAUGAUUUUAAACAAUGCCAAAAUAUUGUUUACCAGAAGUUAUAUCAGAAUUGUUAUCAAGGAAGAAACACAGGUGACAAGCUGAAUGAAUGUAGGACCUUUAUCUCCAAGUCACAGGUCAGUAAUCAUCAGAGAACUGAUGCAGGUGAGAACCCUAAUGACUGUAAUGAAUGUGGGAAAGCUUACAUCACCCAGUCACAUCUCGCUGUGUAUCAUCAAAUACACAGAGGUGAAAAGCCAUAUGAAUGUAUUAAAUGUGGGAAAGCUUUCACCUCCAAGUCACAACUGACGAAUCAUCAAAUAAUUCACACAGAAGAGAAGCCAUAUGAAUGUAUUAAAUGUGGAAAAGGCUUCACCCGCAAGUUCCAGCUCAGUAAUCAUCAUAGAACACACACAGGUGAGAAACCAUAUAAAUGUAUUGAAUGUGGAAAAGGCUUCAUCGGUAAGUCAGAUCUUAUUAGGCAUAAGAGAAGGCACACAAGUGAAAAGCCAUAUGAAUGUACUGACUGUGGGAAAGCCUUCAUCUGCAAGUCAAAUCUUAUUAACCAUCAGAGAAUUCACACAGGUGAGGAGCCAUAUGAAUGUACUGAAUGUGGGAAAGCCUUCAUCUUCAAGUCAAAUCUUAUGAACCAUCAGAAAAUUCAUAAAGCUGAGGAACCAUAUAAAUGUACUGAAUGUGGGAAAGCCUUCAUCUUCAAGUCAAAUCUUAUGAACCAUCAGAUAAUUCAUACAGGUGAGAAGCCAUAUGAAUGUACUGAAUGUGGGAAAGCCUUCAUUUACAAGUCACAUCUUAUUAGACAUCGGAGAACUCACAAAGGUAAGAAGCCGUUUGAAUGUAUAGAAUGUGGAAAAGCUUUCAUCUACAAGUCACAGCUCACAAAUCAUCAGAGGAUUCACAAAGGUGAAAAGCCAUAUGAGUGUACUGAAUGUGGGAAAGCCUUCACCUGUAAGUCAAAUCUUACUACUCAUCAGAGAAUUCACACAGGUAAGAAGCCAUAUGAAUGUACUGAAUGUGGGAAAGCCUUCAUCCGCAGGUCAUAUCUUAUUAGGCAUCAGAGAAAUCACACAGCUGAGAAGCCAUAUGAAUGCACUGAACAUAGGAAAGAUUUCAUCUCCAAGUCACAUCUCAUUAAUCAUCAAAGUACUCACACUGGGGAAAAGCCAUAUGAAUGUUCUGAAUGUGGGAAAGCCUUCAUCUCCAGUUCACAUCUCAUUAAACAUCAGAGGACUCACACAGGUGGGAGACCAUAUAAAUGUAUUCAAUGUGGAAAAGGCUUCACACGCCAGGCAAAUCUCACAAUUCAUCAGAGAAGUCACACAGGUGAGAAGCCAUAUGAAUGUAGUGAAUUUGAGAAAGCUUUCAUGUGCAAGUCAUCAGAGAACUCACACAGUGGAAAAGCCAUGUGA